AUGGAGGAAGAACUGAGGUGUUUCCUUUGCCGGAAAUUUUUCGAAGACCCGAUCCUACUGCUUUGUGGACAUAGUUAUUGCCGACGAUGCGCUUUAAAGGCCCAGCAACCGUCCUCUUCGGCACGACCAUCGACUCCACUUGGUCCGUCGCCACUUUACCCACACAUCCUUUCCGCUUCACCGCUCUCACCUCACUGUAGUAGCAGUGGAGCCUCAGAUACGAGUUCCCUUUGUGUAUCCGAUCCCGACCAUGACAGCGACAAGAUGUCCAUACUGUCGGAAGCGGAUUCGGGCGUCGUUUGUACUCGAGCUUCUCGUCCCUCUUCUAUGGUUGGACCGCCGAUCCCACGAUUGCCAAAUAUUCUUACCCCAUCCACAAGCGGUGUGAUCAUCCCCUGCGGUAUCUGUCAAAAGCCGUCAUAUUUUGCCGACGAAGUGGCAAUAUCAAAUGCACCUGCAAACAUGGCUAUACAAAACGUGAUCUCUCGUUAUCUCAGCCAACAUCCACACUUGGCUGCCAAAGAAACUAAGCCUUCCACCACUACAGAAGCCGAGAAGGAACCCAACUGUCAGGUUUCGUUUCGCCUCAGUGAUUCAAGCGUCGAUUUUGUUCAGCUGUGUGAGGAGAACGUCCGUCCGGCAUCAGUUUUCUGCGAGCAAUGCGAUAUUUUCUACUGCACACCUUGUCAACUCGCAUUACAUCCUCAACGUGGACCCCUGGCAAAACACACGCUCACCAACGCAUCGCAGAGACGGUCCACUCCGACACGGACCAUCAAAGAUGUGCGAUGUUCACAACACAAGGGCGAGACAUUGUCGAUGUUUUGUCACGUCUGCAAAACGGCCGUCUGCUGUCUUUGUUUACAGGAGGUCAAACAUGCCAGUCAUGAUGUACAAGCACUGUCGGCAACUUGUAAAGCUCAGAAGAGGCUCCAAAAAGGCCCUUAUGUAGUCCGAGAGAAGUAUUUUUUGAUUCUCGAUUCAUGGGUAAGGGCAACUAAUCAGUAUCCACUGAAGUACAUGCAAGGUUUGAUUAAGGAAUGCCAGGACAUCAAUUUAAAGGUUCUCAAAUGA